AAUAAGUAUCUGUAAGAUAGCAAAAAAUGUAUCCGUAGAGCUCGCUCUCAUUGUAUCUGCUGUCUCGCAAACUCAGUGAUUAAACCACAUUGUAUGUGAUGAGAUAAGAAGGUGAAUAUAGGGGGGCCAAGCCGAGCAAACACUCCCCAUUGAGACGCCACUGGCUAACUGGUUUGGCCGACGAUCGUGAUCGCUAUUAUGACGAUCCGCGGAGCGUAGUUAAUGAUCAUCUACGAUCCGUCGGCUUGCGGCCGAGCACAUUUCGGUGGCCAUUGACGGCAUAAGAUUCAGUUGAAGUUUUACUGUUGCCGGCUAACGUUCGAGAAUCGGAGGAUCGGAGAAACGCAGAUAAAGAUAAACUCGCCCAUUCAGCUGCCUUGCUCACACUCACACUCGCGCACUCGCACACACCGACACACACACACACACACACACGUUCGUUGUGGCACACACGUGCAGUUGCACUGGUGUUGGUAAUUUGUUUACAGUCGCAUCGCAACAACAAUAAAAGCAGUGGAGUAAAAGAUAGAAAGACGAAAUAAAUGCGAAGAGGAGGGCGAUAAAAAGAAAGAGAGCUACGUGGAAAAGAGAAAUUUCGACGUUCUAAGCCGAGUUUUAGCCUUAAACAAAUAAUCAGAACGAGCGGAUAGACUGCAACUGGCAUUAUUAUUGGCAAUUACCACAGCUGCUGAGAAACCAUGGCCAGCUCGCCCGUCACAGACUUCUAUGCGGGUCGCAAUGUCUUCAUCACGGGAGCCACGGGCUUCGUGGGCGUCACCAUUGUGGAGAAACUGCUGCGCGAUGUUCCCAACGUGGGCACACUGUACCUGCUGAUGCGGGCCAAGAAGGGCAAGAAUGUCCAGGAGCGGCUGGAGGAGCUGAAGAAGAACUCCGUGUUCGACAAGUUCAAGGAGCUGCAGCUGGAGGCGCGUCUCUCCAAGAUCGUUCCCAUCGAGGGCGAUGUGGGCCUGGAGCAUCUGGGCAUCUCGCCAAAGGAUCGCCAGAUCCUGAUCGACAACGUGAACGUCGUCUUUCACUCGGCUGCCACCUUGGACUUCUUCCAGUCCCUGAAGGAGACCACCAACAUCAACUUGCGCGGCACUAGGCGAGUGAUGGAGCUGUGCCAGCAGAUAACGAACCUGGAUGCUUUGGUCCAUGUGUCCAGCGCCUAUGUGAAUGCCUAUUUGACCAAGGUCGAGGAGAGGCUAUAUCCCUCGCCCGAUGAUCCCGAGAAGAUCAUCCAGCUCUCGGAGACCCUCAACGACGAGGCCCUCAAGGAACUGGAACCAAAACUUCUGAAGGAUCACCCCAACACCUAUACCUUUACCAAGCAUCUGGCGGAGCACGAGGUGGCCAAUGUGGCCAGUAAAUUCCCCUGCGGCAUCGUCCGCCCCAGUAUGAUCACUGCCGCUUGGAAGGAACCUCUUCCUGGAUGGACCAUUUCGAAGAACGGUCCCCAGGGCUUCUUCAUGGGCGCCUCCAAGGGCGUGCUGCGUCGCCUUCCCCUGGAUCCCAGCAUCAUCAUGGACUACAUACCCAUCGAUGUGGUGGUCAAUGGCAUCAUAACCACUGGCUACUAUGUGAACUCGCUGCAGGCGAAAAACGGAGGACGCCCAGCCGAUCUGCAGAUCUUCCACCUGACCUCCAGCACAUACAAGCCCUUCCGAUUCGAGCUGAUGACGGACAAGAUCAACAGCUACCUACACGACUAUCCCCUGAACAGUGCCGUCUGGUAUCCCAACCUGCGCCUGGUCAAGAGCCUCUGGGUCUUCCGGCUGAGCGCCAUUCUGUUCCACUUCAUACCUGCUAUUAUCCUGGAUCUGGUCACCAAAAUCGGAGGCGGCAGGCCCAUCUUGGUUCGUCUGCACAAGAACGUAUGGAACUCACUGAAUACCCUGGAAAAGUUCAUCUUCACGGAGUGGCACUUUGACAGCAAGCGUCUAUUGGCGCUGUCGAAAACCCAGAAUCUAGUGGACAAAAAGAAGUUCUUCAUCGACAUCGGGGAGCUGACGUGGGAUGAGUACUUCGCCAACACGAUCCUGGGUGUGCGCCAGUACCUCAGCAAGGAGCCGCCCAAGAACCUGGAGAAGGCGCGCCGCAAGGACAAAAUUCUCCUGGGACUUCAUGUGGCGCUGCAGCUCUCAUUCUGGUACGGAGUCUUCAAGUUGAUCGUGUGCCUCACCGGAAUCUCGUCGGCUAAAGCAGCUCUGGUCCUGCCCGUCCUUUACUACCUGUUUGGACUGCUUUAAGAAGCUGAGCAAUUUCCCCCGUAGCUCAACAUUUUCUCAAUGUUAUUUAUGCUUAAUGCACUUUGUAUGAGGUUUGGUUUUACAAUAUAAAUACAAAAACAA